AUGCACUUCAGCACUGAGCAGAAUCAACAAAACACGGAGAGGCCGUUUCUGCGUGACAGAAUCGAACCGUUGACCGAAACCAUGCAGCAGUUCUUUUUGCCAGUGCAUAAAGCGCGCAUGCAAACGUUGAAAAUGUUAGGUGUGAAUUUUAGCUUUAACGACUUGCGAUCACACGUGGAUCAAAUAUUUGAGAUACACUUGAGGAACGUAAAGGACCCGGUGACGCAUGCAUGGAGUUGCGGACGGCAAGCUGUCAAACUGGAUGCUUUAGGAGACAGGAUGCAGAGUAACGACGAAGCUCGGCAUCACUUACCUGGUGACCUUUUGUACUUCGCAGUUUGUAUUGUCGAUGCACACUUAAGUCUGAGUUUUCACGUUUCGAGAGUGCUAAAUUCCGAGGUUCGUGUUGAAGGCAGAGUACGACGAGCAUGGAUCUGGAAUUUGCAGGAAGCGCUUCUUUCAUUUCUUUCAUACAUAGGGUUCUUACAAACAAAAAAAUUGUGUUCUCUCUGA